AACCCCAAAUACUUUUUUCACACUUUUAAUAUUUUUGUUAUGAUUAAUUCUUGCGAAAUAAACUAAUUGCCGCAUAAAUACACGUUUAUUAUGAACGAUAUCAAGCGUUUGAAGGACCAGCAGCGCGAGAAGCACCCCGGAUUCGAUGGUUACAUCGACUGCAUGACCCGCUCCCUCUUCACCGGCCUCGCCGCAUUCUGUUUGGGCUUUUCCGGCACCUACUUUGCCCAGAAGAUCAUACAAUCCCGCAUUCGCUAUCCGGCCAAGUACAAUAUCCUGGUUUCCUCCCUAGUAGCCACCGGUGUUUCCUAUCAAGCCACUUCGACCCGAACGAGAUCCUGCCAGGCGGCGUGGAUGGCCUUUGAGGACAAGCAUUCCGUGCUCAACGAGAAGACCUUUUAG